GCUGCGUGUAAGUGACGAACUCCAGCGUCGUUGAACUUUGAGAUUUUUUAACUCUUUGCUGUCUGUCGUAUGUUCAUACGCUGAUUGGAGGCUUCUCUUACAAGGUUUCUGUAACCUACCAUAACUUUGAUCUCAGAAUUGGAUUAAGUGGAGAAAGUAAUGACAGAAUACACAGAUGAGGAUGGUGGCCAAAUCCAUAAACUAGUACCCUUCCAGGGCUUCAAUCUGAUCAUGGGAAUUCAUUCCCCUAAGGAGGUGGACCGUAUUAAGAACUGGGAGAUUCAAGACUCCGAUGUAUUUGUUAUCACGUACCCCAAAUCAGGAACCAUCUGGCUACAGCAAAUCCUGAGUCUGAUUGAAGCCAGGGGGGAUGUCACAGCAACCCAAGAUAAGCUGACGUCUGAGCGCAUUCCCUGGAUAGAGCUGACUGGAAGUGAGAAAGAGUUUGUCUCCGACCCAUCCCCCAGACUCCGUGUUUCUCACCUGCAGUACAAAUUCAUGCCCCUUGGACUCAGAGAGGGGAAGGGGAAGGUUAUCUAUGUGGCAAGAAACCCAAAGGAUGUUCUGGUAUCCUACUACCACUUUCACAACUAUGCAGCUAUGCUAGAGACCCCAAAAGACUUUAAUGACUUUUAUGAGAAGUUCAUGAAGGGGCAAGUUUAUGGCAACUGCUGGUUUGAGCAUGUCAAGACCUGGUAUUCUCACAGAAAAGAGAUGAAUUUCUUGUAUAUCACCUAUGAGGAACUGAUCAAGGAUCUGCGGUCAGCAGUUGAAAAGAUCUGCAUGUUCCUGGGGAGGAACCUGAAUGAGGAGGAUUUGGCAGGGGUUGUAAAGCACAGCAUGUUUACAAACAUGCAGUGUAACCCUCAGGCCAACUACACGUUGAUCUCCAGCUCCCUUCUCAACCACCAGCGUGGCAGCUUCAUGAGGAAAGGAACCGUGGGUGACUGGAAGAAUUACUUCACCGUGGCUCAGAAUGAGAGGUUUGACCGAGUGUAUCAGGAGAAGAUGAGAGAUGUGCCUCUCCCUUUUGUGUGGGACAUCAGCGAGAUCAUCCCUGCAUAACUGAAUGUUCAGAAGCUUCAGUAUGGAUCUUAAGUGUGCUGUUCUAACAUCCAUUUUAGCAAAUAUUUCAAACAAUCUGAAAGCUGUAAUCCCUGUUAAACAGAACUAGGGUGCAAAACUUCCGGAACCCCGGAAGACGCAUACACUCAAACCAGCGUAUUUUCCCACGUCUGUGUUUAACGGGACGCCAAAACCGGGCUCAUGCCUCUCUGCUGCCCUCUUUUGGAAAAUUAACGGCCCUGCUGAUUUUCCACUUACAGUUGGCACACGUGGCUGAAUUAUGCAGAGGGACAGCACGUGAUAUUGUGGUUUCUCGCGUCUGUCUUAAUACGCGAAACACUUGAACCAAAAAAAGGUGUUUAGAAAGCAAGUACCUCAUGACCUCAAAUAGAGAAAGGAAAAGGUAGACUAUCGCGGGACCUGUAUUUCGA